AUGGCCUCAUCGGACGGCUCUGCCGGGGCACCGCCCAGCGCUACCAUCGAGGUGCCCGGCACCGCGCCCCCUGUCCUCGUCGUGGGCGCCCCGGGACUCCCCGAGGUGGACUUCAGGAAUGCGGUGGAGUCGUCGCUGUUCAAGCAGUGGUUGCGGAACCUGCAGUCGGAGAAGGGCGUCCUCACCUACGGGAGGCUGAGCCUCACGCGGGUCCUCAUCCAGGGGGUUGACACGCUCGGGAAACGGGUGGGCUUUCUCAAGUUCAAAGCUGACAUCGUGGACGAGGAAACCAAAACCAAGGUUCCAGGAAUUGUCUUUGCAAGAGGGCCCGCGGUUGCUGUGUUGAUUAUUUUGGAGUCUAAGGGGGAAACAUAUGCUGUGCUUACUGAGCAGGUUAGAGUUCCUGUUGGAAAAUUCCUGUUGGAGCUGCCAGCUGGGAUGCUAGAUGAUGAAAAAGGUGAUUUUGUUGGCACUGCAGUCCGUGAGAAUUUCAGAUUGCACAAGCUGUAA